CAUCGUUGUGAUUCCUCCACUUGUCCAUGGGGUCUAGACUAACUGUAACAUCCGCCGCUCAUCGCAGCGCAGCAAUACUGCCCGAGAGGACAUCAUUGUCCCGAUAUAAAGACAUGCACGUUGCCGGCGUGUAUCCGGGUGCUAACCACCACCAUACUGAAGCAUCGCGUUGAGCUCAGCCCACUGUUUCCUCUUUCCAUAGUCCUUUCUUAAUCUAAGUAUUGCGUGGACAUCUCCUCAGAUCGACAAUGCCUUCUACCAUGUCUUCAGGCGCACGAAGCUUCCCGACCAUUAAGGAGAUCCGAACUUUCAUCACGCAAGGACCCGGCUCCGGCGGAGACUACCACAAUGUCAAAGGCGGCCAUUGGCUGAUAGAUUCGAAGAUCUCGACGCCCAUGUCACAGUAUGAGCAGUAUCGGAAGUCCCGGACAAGCUGGGGGAUCAAUGUGCUGGGGUCGUUCUGUGUGGAGCUCGAAGCCACUGAUGGCACAAAGGGCUUCGCUACUGGGUUUGGAGGGCCUCCUGCAUGCUGGCUCGUGGCAGAGCACUUUGAGAGGUUUCUCAUCGGUGCCGAUCCGAGAGACACCAAUCAUCUGUUCGAGCAGAUGUAUCGGGCAUCCAUGUUUUAUGGACGGAAGGGUUUGCCCGUGGCCGUGAUCUCGGUCAUUGACUUGGCCAUCUGGGAUCUUCUAGGGAAGAUUAGGAACGAGCCUGUAUACAAGAUGAUAGGUGGUGCCACCCGGGAAAGGCUAGACUUCUACUGUACCGGCCCGGAACCGGCUGCUGCGAAGGCUAUGGGCUUUUUCGGAGCCAAAGUUCCCCUUCCGUAUGGACCAGGGGAAGGUGUUGAGGGCCUCAAGAAGAACGUGGAGUUUCUACGCAAGCACCGGGAAAGCGUUGGUCCCGAUUUCCCUCUCAUGGUGGAUUGCUAUAUGAGCCUGAACGUCCCUUAUACCAUCGAGGUCGUGAAGGCAUGCAAGGAGUUCAACAUCAACUGGUGGGAAGAGUGCUUGUCUCCCGACGACUCGGACGGAUUCGAACAGAUUAAGCGUGCUCAUCCCCGAAUGAAGUUCACAACUGGAGAACACGAGUACUCGAGGUAUGGAUUCCGGAAGCUAAUUGAAGGGCGCAACUUGGACAUUCUCCAGCCAGAUGUGAUGUGGGUGGGAGGCAUGACGGAAUUGCUGAAGGUUGCUGCAAUGGCAUCUGCGUACGACAUUCCCGUUGUGCCUCAUGCCAGCGGACCAUACAGCUACCAUUUCGUCGUCUCGCAGGCCAAUUCGCCCUUUCAAGAGUAUCUGGCAAACUCGCCCGACGGUAAGUCGGUGCUGCCAGUAUUUGGAGACCUCUUCCUCAACGAACCCAUCCCAGCGAAGGGCUUCCUCAAUGUAUCGGACCUCGACAAGCCUGGGUUUGGACUGGAGCUGAACCCAGCAGCUCGGCUGAUCGACGCGGCAUCGAUCUUAAACCCAGCACCUUCGAGAUCUCUGAAAUCUGCUGAUGAGAUUGCGGUGAAUGGGGAGCUUGCGCCACGAUCCCCACCACAAGGGGUUGGUGUGUCUCGAACCGCCUUCAGCUCUUGUUGUCUGACACCGACUGCCCAUAAAUACAAGCUUCCUCCAGGAAUCCACUCCACUCAAUCAUCAACUCAAGAUUCUGAGUAUUCUCCCUCUGCUUUUUCCCAAUUCAAUUCCAAGUUCCUCAGCCAUAUACCCCGCCGUGGUUGCAUCAUAGCCAUGCAAGCUCUCAAUACUCUAGCUGAGAAGCUACACCUUACUGGCCACGCUGACAGCGUGAAAGAGCCUGGCGAAGAACAGGUCAAGGAGCUUAGGGAGAAGUACGACAAGGCUGGUCAAGGCCAGGUCUUCGCGUUCUACGAUGAGCUAGACACGCCCCAGAAAGCAGCUCUCUUCGAGCAGAUCUCCAAAUUCGACCCAAUCUACAUUAACGAGCUGGCCGAGAAAGCCCUUAACCCGCCAAAGGCUGAAGCCAAAGACGCCGAGCCGACCCUCGAUCCGCUACCAGACAAUGCAACCUCUUCGAUCCUUGACUCGAAAGACGAAGACCUCACAAAUUGGUACAACUCGGGGCUAGAGCUGAUUGCGGAUAACACUGUAGCCGUUGUGCUAAUGGCAGGAGGCCAGGGCACACGGCUGGGAAGCAGUGCCCCGAAGGGAUGCUAUGACAUUGGAUUGCCCAGCCAGAAGUCGCUCUUUCAGCUACAGGCCGAGAGAAUCUACAAGGUCCAGCAACUGGCGAAGAAGAAACACGGCAAAGAGCAUGUCACUGUGCCCUGGUACGUGAUGACCAGCGGGCCAACUCGGGGCCCUACGGAGAAGUUUUUGAGCGAGAACAACUUCUUUGGUCUCGAGAAGGAAGACGUGGUUGUGUUCGAGCAAGGCGUGCUGCCCUGCAUCUCCAAUGACGGCAAGAUCUUGCUCGAGAGCAAGUCUAAGCUCGCUGUCGCACCAGACGGAAACGGUGGGCUCUACCAAGCCCUCAUCUCCUCCGGCGUUGUCGCCGACAUGGAAAAGCGAGGCAUCAAGCAUAUCCACGCAUACUGUGUCGAUAACUGCCUAGUCAAGGUCGCCGACCCCGUGUUCAUCGGCUUCGCAGCGUCGAAGGACGUGGACAUCGCAACAAAGGUCGUCCGAAAGCGCAACGCCACAGAGUCUGUCGGACUCAUCCUGCAAAAGAACGGCAAGCCAGACGUUGUCGAGUACUCUGAGAUCGACGCAGCAACUGCCGAGGCAAAAGACCCUCACAAGCAUGACCUGCUCAAGUUCAGGGCCGCCAACAUAGUCAACCACUACUACUCGUACCGUUUCCUCGAGAGCAUUCCAGAAUGGGCGAAGAGGCUGCCUCACCACGUUGCUAGGAAGAAGAUUCCCUACGUAGAUACCGAGAAGGGCGAGACUGUCAAGCCGGAGAAGCCAAACGGAAUCAAGCUUGAACAGUUCGUCUUCGAUUGUUUUCCGUUCCUCACGAUGGACAAAUUUGCAUGCAUGGAGGUGAAGCGUGAGGACGAGUUCUCGCCGCUGAAGAACGCUAGAGGUACUGGCGAGGACGACCCGGAUACUAGCAAGAGGGACAUCCUCACGCAGGGUGCUAAAUGGGUGCAGGCCGCAGGUGGUGUGGUUGUAAGCGAGGAUGCUGAUUCUGGCGUUGAAGUUUCGCCGUUAAUCAGCUACGGCGGCGAAGGGCUCGACUUCCUCAAGGACCGCACUAUCAAGGCACCAGCGGUCAUCGAGAAGGAUGAGUAGGUCUAGCGCAAGCAGAGCAGAGAAGGGUGCCGGGAUUGAUUGACGAAUUCAAAUGAUGCGACCAAGAGAG